GCCACGCAGACUCUCACACAAGUGUUCAACUGAGAAAUACUGUUGGUGAGUUUUUGAUUUUUGCAGAGUUUUGAAGAUCCCUCAUUAUCUGCAAUCAUGAUCCAGUUGCUGAGUGUAGCCAUUGUUGCAGGAUUGUUCUUUGGAUGCUGGACAGAAUGGUUUGACAGAGAUGACCCCUCUGGUGCUGGAGACUGGGAAACCCUCGUUGAACUUCGCAAGGAGUACCCAGGAAAGAUCUGUGCUGACCCAAUAGAUGUUGAGGCUAGAACUCUAACUGGACUCACUGUGGCUGCAGCAGGGGAUGUGAUUUAUGUAAGUGACACAACUGACGGAUUCGUCUGCAGGAACCAGGACCAACCCAAGAAAAAUAUGUGUAAAGAUUAUCGUGUUCGUUUCAGCUGCCCUUCCUCUUUCUGUAAAGGAUGCUGGACAGAAUGGUUUGACAGAGAUGACCCCACUGUAACUGGAGACUGGGAAACCCUCGUUGAACUUCGCAAGGAGUACCCAGGAAAGAUCUGUGCUAACCCAAUAGGUGUUGAGGCCAGAACUCUAUCUGGACUCACUGCGGCUGCAGCAGGGGAUGUGAUUUAUUUAAGUGAUACAACUGCAGGAUUCAUCUGCCGGAACCAGGACCAACCCAAUAAAAAGAGGUGUAAUGAUUAUCGUGUUCGUUUCCUCUGCCCUCCCUCUUUCUGUGAAGUGUGCUGGACCAAGUGGUAUGACCGUGAUGAUCCCAGUGUAACAGGGGACUGGGAGGAUUUGAUUAACUUGAGGAAAGAAAACCCCGGACAAAUCUGUACCAACCCUCUGUCUAUUGAGGCUGUUACCACUGACACACUGACCCCAGCCACCUCCACAGGGCAGACCUUCUUUGUGUACAAUAAAAAUGAAGGAUUUGUUUGCCGCAAAACGGACCAGAAAUCUCGCCAGUGCCGUGACUACAAAGUUCGGUUUGGGUGCCCAUGCUGAUAAGUCCUGACUCUAUAGCUAACACUGAGAAGGAGAAGAAGACACAACACUUA